UACCGUAACAGAAAGUCUGACAAACCGAUGGAAGCGCAGGAAAACCAGAACCAAUAGAAAGAGACAACGGAAGGGAGACGACGCUGAGUGCGACGCCACCGGUUGUGAACCAGAAGCGUGUAGUCGCAGCAGGGUGUGUCUCCGCGGCGCGGGUGCGCGCAGGAAAAGAGGAGGUCCGAGAAAACUGAAACGACUUUCUCCCCCUUUCGCCCACGCAGCGCUGCCAACCUACCUCAUCCCGGACCUUUUCUUUUCACCUACAUUUCACACUAUCGCCUAUUUAGCGGAUUGUAUCCCUACAUCACACACUGAUCCGGUUUCUGAGGACCCCUUUAAACUGGGCUGAUCGCACGGGACCACGGCUGCAUGAAACCAGAAGUGCCAGAGGAGCAGGAUCGGGUUGUGUGUGUGUUUACGCUGCGGUUUAAUCGCGUCCGUGUGGAGCUGUACGAAGUCUGAUCCGUCCACUUAAACAUGUUCCACGCCGUGAGGAAGCUGCUUUUCACGCACUGUCGCUGCGCAGAUGAUGCGACGACGACGACGUACGAGGAGCUGUUCGCCAAACUGGACACGAACAAGGAUGGGAGAGUAGAUGUGUCCGAGCUGAAGGCUGGUCUGGAGGCCAUGGGCUUCAAAACCAGCUCAGGAUCUGCCCAGGAAAUAGUUUCCUCUGGAGACGAAGACAAAGACGACAGCCUCAACUUCAUAGAGUUCUCCAACUACCUUAAAGAACACGAGAAGAAGUUAAUGCUGACCUUCAAGAGUUUGGACAAAAACAAUGAUGGUCGAAUAGACUUCACGGAGAUUCAGCAGUCGCUCGCAGAUCUGGGACUGGAGAUCAGUAAGGAGGGCGCGGAGAAGAUCCUCAGGAGCAUCGAUGCCGACGGCACCAUGACUGUGGACUGGAACGAAUGGAGGGAGCAUUUCCUGUUCAACCCAGCCACCGACCUGCAGGAGAUCAUCCGCUACUGGAAGCACACCACGGUGCUGGACAUUGGCGACAGUCUCACCAUCCCAGACGAGUUCACGGAGGAGGAGAAGACGAGCGGGCUGUGGUGGAAGCAGCUGGCGGCGGGCGGCAUGGCCGGCGCCGUGUCCCGGACGGGCACGGCGCCGCUGGACCGUAUGAAGGUCUUCAUGCAGGUUCACGCUUCCAAAAGCAAUCAAAUCAGCCUGGUUGGUGGCUUCAAGCAAAUGUUAAAGGAAGGAGGUGUGUCGUCUCUGUGGAGAGGAAACGGCAUCAACGUCCUGAAGAUCGCCCCGGAGACGGCCAUUAAGUUCAUGGCCUAUGAGCAGUAUAAGAAGCUGCUGUCCAGUGAACCAGGAAAGGUCAAGACCCACGAGAGGUUCAUGGCCGGCUCGUUGGCCGGAGCCUCGGCGCAAACGGCCAUCUACCCCAUGGAGGUGAUGAAAACGCGUCUGACUCUGCGCAAGACUGGUCAGUACUCAGGAAUGUUUGACUGUGCCAAGAAAAUCCUGAGGAGGGAGGGAGUGAAGGCCUUCUACAAGGGCUACAUCCCCAACAUUCUGGGCAUCAUUCCCUACGCUGGCAUCGACCUGGCGGUUUAUGAGAGCCUGAAGAACGUCUGGUUGUCCCGCUACGCCAAAGACACAGCCAACCCCGGCGUUCUGGUGCUUCUGGGCUGUGGCACCAUCUCCAGCACGUGUGGUCAGCUGGCCAGCUACCCUCUGGCUCUGAUCCGCACCAGGAUGCAGGCGCAAGCUUCUGUGGAGGGUUCAGAGCAGCUGCCCAUGAACAAGAUGGUGAAGAAGAUUCUAGAAAAGGAAGGCUUCUUUGGACUUUACCGCGGCAUCUUGCCCAACUUUAUGAAGGUCAUUCCGGCCGUGAGCAUCAGCUACGUGGUGUAUGAGUACAUGCGGUCGGGCCUGGGCAUUCAGAAGUAGCAGCAGUCGCCUGGGGUGUGUGGAGAGAGAGCAGGAUAAUUGUUCCUAAACCUUCUCCGAAGCGGGAAACUCUCACGUUAGAGUUUUGUUUACUUGUAAGUCACCAGAAUCUGCUGCAGGCUGUGCCACUGUAGGGUUUGGGUAAAUUUGAGACACCCUGCAACUAACCAACCAAAGACGUAGAUAUCAUUUGGUCACCAAGCACCCGAAGAAGACAAUUAAUUACUGCUGUAAGUAGAGAUGCUCAUUUUUUGCAUCACAAGUUCCUCUAAAGUUUGUCCACAAAGCACCUUAUUGUAUGAAUAUUCAUACUCAUAAGAUCCAAUGCAUCAAGAGAUGCAUUUCACAAAUGACCAAAAGUCAUGAAAUUCAUUUAUAUCCAGUCACACUUCAAACUUCAUGGAGUUGUUGAGGACAUUUGGUUUGGAGGUGGUUUCAGGCUGCAAUACUGGUAUCACACGCUGCACUUUCACUGGCUCCCACUCUGGGAUGAACACAGCUCGUCUCCUUAGCAGUGAGUUUCAGCCAAUGCAGGUUCCAUGAGGUUUCCCAUAUAUUAGUGAUGCAGCCUUUGAGUGACGUUGGUGACCGGGCUAAUGACGUGCCUUCAUGCUGGGGUUUCUCUCUGAUAUCUGUAUUUCAUCCUCCUCCGUCUUGCCUUUUUCCAAUGUUUGGUUAUUUGAUGCUGGCGUUUACAUGAAUAAACUCUAAAUACAAACAUGGAGAA